AUGGCCGAGCCCAUUGGCCUCAUCGCCAAAUCCGGCAUUGAACUCCUGACGUAUGGCACCCCCAACGGCGUCAAAGUCUCCGUCUUCCUCGAGGAGCUCAAAGAAGCCUACGGCAAGCCCUACACGGUUCAGGCCAUCAACAUCAGCAAGAACACGCAGAAGCAGCCCUGGUACACGGCCCUCAACCCCAACGGUCGCAUCCCGACCAUCGUCGACCAUGACCGCAGCGGGUUCGCCGUCUUUGAGGGCAUCGCCAUCCUGAACUACUUAGCGAGGCACUACGACCCCGAGAACAAGUUCAGCUUCCCCGUCGACUCGGACGACUAUUCCGUGGCGGAGCAGUGGAUUGCCUGGCAGCAUGGCGGAUUGGGGCCGAUGCAAGGCCAAGCCAACCACUUCCUCCGGUUCGCGAAGGAGAAGAUUCCCUACGCUAUUCAACGCUAUGUAGGCGAAUCGGAGCGCCUGUACGGCAUCCUCGACGCCCGCCUCGCCGACCGCGACUAUGUUGCAGGCCCAGGACGGGGCAAGUACAGCAUCGCGGAUAUUAGCCUGGUAGGGUGGGUGAACAUGGCGCAGUACUCUGGGGUUGAUCUGCCGGCGCUGUUCCCCAAUGUCAAGGCCUGGCUGGACAGGCUGCUUGCCAGGCCUGCGGUGCAGAGGGGGUUGGCUGUUCCGAGCGGCAAGCCGAGCGGACUCUCGAAUCGGGCGAUUAUGGAGAGCGAGGAGGGGAAGAAAACGAUUGAGGAGGGAAGGAGGUUGGUGGAUCGGGCGAAAGAGCAAUUUGAGUACAAUGAACGAACACCUUUGCCCGCGCACGACACCAACAUGAAACGCAAAUUGGACAAGCGCGACGAGUCUACCGUGGCCCAGCCGGAACUUGAAACAAAGUCCAGCCAAGCCGAAAAGCAGCCAGCUGCCGCCAAAUCGGAACCUGAGCUUACCUUCGCCGACCUUGGCCUCGACCCGCGCCUGGUGCAGGCCGUCGCACAGCAGAGCUUUGAGAAGCCCACACUCGUUCAGCGAAAGGCCAUUCCGCUGGCACUACAAGGCCAAGAUGUGCUCUGCAAAGCCAAGACGGGGUCCGGCAAGACGGCUGCCUACGUCCUCCCUGUGCUGUCCAGCAUCCUGAAGCGCAAGAUUACCGAUCCAACACCCUUCACCGCCGGCCUCAUCCUGGUUCCGACCCGCGAGCUCGCCGACCAAGUCUUCAAAGCCAUCGAGCACUUCUCGGCUUUUUGCGCAAAGGACAUGCACGCCGCCAAGCUGACCGAAAACGUCUCCGACGCCGUUCAGCGCUCCCUGCUCGCCAACGUUCCAGACAUUGUCGUCUCGACUCCCGCCCGCGCCUGGCACAGCGUCAACUCGGCGGCGCUCUCGCUCGCCAAGUUGCAGUACCUGAUCCUGGACGAGGCCGACCUGGUGCUGUCUUACGGCUACGACGAGGACAUGGAGAACAUUUCGCGGUCGCUGCCCAAGGGCGUGCAGACCAUCAUGAUGAGCGCAACGCUGUCGGCCGAGCUGGAUGCGCUGAAGGGUAUCUUCUGCCGGAAUCCAACGGUGCUGGAUCUGCAAGAGGAGUUCGGGGCGGAGGACGAGAAGCUCACCCAGUUUUACGUCAAGUGUGCCGAGGACGACAAGUGGCUGAUCUCGUACCUUAUCUUCAAACUACAACUGAUCAAGGGGCCGUGUCUGAUUUUUGUCGCCGACAUUGAUCGGUCAUACCGAUUGAAACUUUUCUUUGAACAGUUCAGCAUCAGGAGUUGCGUCCUGAACUCUGAGCUGCCCAUCAACACCCGGAUCAAGAUCAUCGAGGAAUUCAACCGCGGUAUUUAUGACAUCAUCAUAGCGUCGGACGAGAAGCCCGAGUUUGUUGGAGACGAAGCUGCGGAAGCAGAAGGCGACAAGAAGGAGGCCAAGAAGCCCAAGAGCAAAGAUGGGGAGGAGGGAACAGAGCAGCCCAAGAAGAAGCGGAGACACAGGAAGGAUGAGGAAUAUGGGGUAUCACGAGGGCGGACUGCCCGGGCUGGCCGUGCCGGCAUUGCGCUUUCCUUUGUCAUCCCGAAGGAGCACUACGGGAAGCACAAGGCGACCACUGUCAAGAGCACCGAGAAGGACGAAAGGGUGCUGGCAAAGGUCAUGAGACAACAGGCGAAACUGAACAGGACGUUGGAGCCAUAUAAUUUCAACAAGUCGCAGAUGGAGGCGUUCAGAUACCGCAUGAACGACGCACUGCGUGCCGUCACCAAGGUGGCCAUCCGGGAGGCCAGGACGAGAGAAUUACGACAGGAGUUGCUGAGGAGCGAGACUCUCAAACGAUACUUUGAAGAGAACCCCGCCGAACUCUCCCAUCUCAGACACGACGGUGAGCUGGGCCGGGUGACGAGACAGCAACCCCAUCUCAAGCACGUGCCCGAUUACCUGCUUCCCAAGGACGGGAAACAGGCAUUGACGUCGCAACAGGUCGGCUUCGUGCCGUUCAAGAAGGAGGGCGGCAAGGAUAGGAAACACAGGAAGGGCAAGUCAAAGGGGCGGUCGUUCAAGGUGGGCGGGAGGAAAGACCCGCUCAAGACGUUCAAGGUUCGACGGAAGGCCAAGUGA